AAACAAUAUGAGGGGAAACAAGAAGAGGGGAGAGAAAACCAGAUAGAGCCUGAAGAAGGAGUUCCUGUAGUCGAGAGAACACCACAUAAGGGGGAAACAAGAGGAGGGAGCCCCUGGAGCGGGGAGGACACACUUAAGGAGGGGACCAGAGGAGGUAGCUCCUGGAGUGGAAGAGACACCAUAUUGGGGGACCAGAGGAAGGAGCUCUUGGAGUGGAGAGGACACCAUAUUGGGGGAAACAGAGUCCGGGCCUGCAUGGCAGCAGUGGUUCUGGGGGAAGAUAAGAUGGGUCCUGAGCGGAUCUUCCCAAACCAGAAUGAAGAUCUGGGGCAGCACCAGGGCCCCACAGAUGGCACAGGUGACUGGAGCAGUGAAGAACCUGAGGAAGAGCCUGAAGACUUGGGGUCAGGCCCGACAGACUAUUCCUACCAGCCUCUGAAUCAGGACCCUGAGCAAGAAGAAGUAGAACUGGCACCAGUGGAAGGUAUUGAAGAUGCGGUCACUGACAUUCAGGAACGUAUCCAGGCCCUGGGGUUGCACCUACCUGACCCUCCUGUAGAGAGUGAAGACGAGGAAGAGGAAGGAGCUGUAGCACUGAGCAGCAGAAGCUCCAUACCCAUGGAUCCAGAACAUGUGGAGCUGGUGAAACGGACAAUGGCUGGAGUAAGUUUGCCUGCCCCAGGAGUCCCUGCUUGGGCCCAGGAGAUUUCAGAUGCCCAGUGGGAGGAUGUGGUACAGAAGACUCUGCAGGCUCGACAGGCAACCUCUACAUGGAAGUGACUACCACUGAGAACAAUCCCAUUUCCUUUUCCCCCAACUCCAGACCUGGUACCACCUUGAUACACAACUGGAUAAAUUCCUGGUCCCAAAUUAUUUGUUCCUCUUACUCCCUUCCACAUUACAGGCAAACUCGGACUUCUCUCCAGAGAUCCACUUUAUUCAAUUCUGUACAUAUGGGGACAUCUGCCCAAGCCCAACCCACCUUAGCAUGUAACACUUUGCAGAGAAUAAAGCACCCUAUGUACACAGCCAA